AUGGCGGCGCGGCCGCCGCUGCCCGACUCGGUGCUGGUGCAGGUCUUGGCGCUGCUGCCGCUGCGGGACCGCCUGCGAGCGGCCAGGGUCUGCCGGCGGUGGCAGCAGCUGGCGCAGGACCGAGCGGUCUGGACACAUGUGGAUUUGAGCCCUCACCGGAUCACCCGCCGCACGCUGUGGCACCUGGUGCGCCACCGCCUCCCCGAGAGCCUGUGCACCCUGCGGAUGCGGGGCGUGCCUCGCUCCGGCCGCAAGCAGCGGCUCCUCUCACCGCCGCUGCUGGCUGCCCUUCGGAAGCGCUGUCCCCAGCUCCAUCGGCUGUGCCUGACCGAGACCGACCUCCGCCACGUCCCGUACGAGAGCAUGCCCGCUUCUGUCACCACGCUGGAGCUGAGCCUCUGCGACAUCCCCGAUGCCUGGUUCUGCGUCUCCCCUUCGGUGCCACCACCCCAGAACCACUUGAAGACACUGAGCCUUUGUGGCACCUACCGCAUCACUGAUAAGGGGAUCCAAGCAGCAGCUCCCCACCUCAAAGAGCUUGAACGCCUGAUUCUACGGCACUGCAUCAUUGGUGAUGCUGCCAUGGUAUUCAUCGGGCGCCACAUGAAGCAGCUCCGCUACCUAGAAAUCAGCAAUGCCUACUUUCUGACAAACAAGGGGCUGGUUGCUAUUGUGACACUGGAGUACCUGGAGACCCUGUGCCUUGACCUCUAUGAUUUGGUCUCCCUUGGUACUGUUAUCGCUUUGUUGCAAGUGCUGCCUCGCCUGAACCACCUCAAAUUAGGUGGAACUUGCUUUGAAGAUGAGCUCCUCGGUAAAAUUCAGGAGAAUUUUCCACAUUGCACCAUAUCUCACACUCCGUGACAGCCUGGAGUGCUAUUCUUCCUUAGUACACCUGAAGUGCUCCUUUUUUCCUCUUUUUAUAAAGCCUG